UAUUCAUUAACCGGCAGUAUCCAGUAAUCUAGACCUCUUAAACCCGUAUUAUAAAACAUCUAGGGUUCCUAGAUCUAUUUCCCAGAAAUCAAAAUAACUUCUCCCUCUGUCAUUUCCUGAUAAUAACUCUCUCUUGUGUACUCGAAUUGUGAUAAUAACCAUGGGUGCUGCAUCAAGUCGUGAAGAAUUGGAGAUUUCAGAUUCAGAUUCAGAUGAAAACUACGAAGAUGUCGAAGAAGAACAUGAAAAAGAAGAAGAAAUUGAACAAAAGAAAUCUUCUUCAACUUCUUCAGGAAUAAAAAAACCAAUUGAUGAGAUUGAUGAGAAACUCAAAGCCCUAAAAUUGAAGUAUUCUUCUUCAUCUAAUAAAAAAGCCUAUUCAAAGAAUUCAGUCAAACUGUAUCUUCAUAUCGGAGGUAAUACACCUAAUUCUAAAUGGAUCACAUCAGAAAAACUCACUACUUACUCCUUUGUUAAAUCAUAUGAUGAAGAUGAUGAUGAGGAGGAAGGGAUUUGGGUUUUGAAAAUUGGUUCAAAAAUUAAAGCAAAAGUUGGUACAGAAUUACAAUUGAAACCGUUUGGUGAUCAGUGUCGUGUUGAUUUUGUUAGUGAUGGUGUUUGGGCUGUGAAGUUUUUUGAUAAUGAAAGUUUUAGAAGUUUUUUAUCUGAAUUUCAUGAUUGUUUGUUUGAGAAUGUUUAUGGGUUUGAAGCUACUGAAGAAAAUAAGGUUAAAGUAUAUGGGAAAGAUUUUAUGGGUUGGGCUAAACCAGAAGUAGCUGAUGAUUCAGCUUGGGAAAAUGCUGAAGAUAGUUUACCUAGUAAUAGUUAUGUUUCUGAUAGGAGUAAUCAAGAUUUAAUGGAGGAAUUUGAAGAAGAAGCAAAUGCUGGUGGGGGUGGUAUUCAGAGCUUGGCACUGGGAGCGUUGGAUAAUAGUUUUCUUGUGAAUAAUUCUGGUAUUCAGGUUGUUAAGAAUUAUAGUCGUGGGAUUCAUGGGAAAGGGGUUUAUGUGAAAUUUGAUAGUGGUGGUGGGAAUUCGAGUUCGAGGAUUGAGUCCUCGAGUUCUGGGUAUUUGACACCUAAGAAGGCUCUUCUAAUGAGGGCUGAAACUAAUAUGCUUCUUAUGAGUCCUAAUACUGAAGGAAAACCUCAUGCAACUGGUCUACAUCAGUUGGAUAUUGAGACAGGGAAGAUUGUCACAGGAUGGAAAUUCGAUAAAGAUGGAGUUGAUAUCACUAUGAGAGAUAUAACUAAUGAUAGUAAAGGGUCACAGUUAGAUCCCUCAGAAUCGACAUUUUUGGGUUUGGAUGAUAAUAGGCUAUGUCGAUGGGAUAUGCGUGACAGAAAAGGGAUGGUUCAGAAUGUUGCAAAUGCAAAUACACCUGUUUUGCAUUGGAGUGAAGGGCAUCAGUUCUCAAGAGGGACUAAUUUUCAGUGUUUUGCAACUACUGGAGAUGGCUCAAUUGUCGUUGGGUCUAUUGAUGGGAAGAUACGUUUGUAUUCGACUACUUCUAUGCGUCAAGCAAAAACGGCAUUUCCAGGACUUGGUUCACCCAUUACUCAUGUGGAUGUUACUUUUGAUGGGAAAUGGAUAUUGGGUACAACUGACACUUAUUUGAUCCUUAUUUGUACCUUGUUCACUGGGAAAGAUGGCAAAACAAAGACUGGUUUCGAAGGUCGCAUGGGAAACAAAAUCCCUGCUCCAAGAUUGUUGAAGCUACUUCCUUUGCAUUCUCAUUCUGCUGGUGCUGAUAAUAAAUUCCACGGAGGUCAAUUCUCAUGGGUUACUGAAAAUGGAAAGCAGGAGCGUCACUUGGUGGCAACAGUUGGCAAGUUCAGUGUCAUAUGGAACUUUCAGCAAGUAAAGAACAGUGCUCACUCGUGCUACCAUAACCAAGAGGGUCUCAAGAGUUGCUACUGCUACAAGAUCGUCCCCAAGGAUGAAUCUAUCAUUGACAGCCGCUUCAUGCAUGAUAAAUAUGCAGUUACUGAUUCUCCUGAGGCGCCACUAGUUGUUGCAACCCCAAUGAAAGUCAGCUCCAUCAGCAUGAGUGGCGGUAGCAGAAAGAGAUGAAGACGUUGCAGCUGUAACUUUCUUUCUCAUUUUUUUUUUCAUGCGGUGAUGGUGGUUGCUUCUUGUCUGGGAUAAUAUUCUCUCUUCUCCCAGCAUCAUUACCAUUGUUUGACAUAGUUGUGAUUGAUAGAGGUUUUUCAGGUUAGGGGUUUGUUUUUCCAGUUUUGUGAUUGAUCCUUGAGAGUCUCCUAGGCUUUGCGUUCAUAGAUUGUGAAGUUUCCACUUGUUCAUAAUAUGUCAGUUGGGCACCAAGCUGCUGAUAGUCAUUCAUCUCUUUGUGAGAAGUCUGAAACUUGCUCUGCUCGGAGUAUUCCUUUUUCUUUUUUUCCUGUAAGAAGAUUUCAUGUAUGUUUGUUGAUAAUAACCACUUGCUACAGAUUUUCAGUUGUCUUUUCCA